AUGAUAAAUUGUACUUCUUCAAUAAAAAUAAAAAAAAAGAAAAAAGAAAAUGAAUUAGACUAUACAAUAAUAGAAGCCCUAAAUAAAUAUAAAAAUAGAAGUUGCUUAAAUAAAAACAGCAUAAAUAGAAACUACAAUGAUUUAGAUACAAAAGUAGAUAUACAGGAAUUUGAAAAAAUAGAGAAAAAUAUAGUACAUGAAAACUUAAGUAGAAUUAAAGAUAUAGAAGAAAAUAAUUUUACAUUUAACAAUGAAAAAGAAAAAAAAAAAUAUUUAAAUUUUAAUUUACACAUUCCAAAAGAUUCGUUGAAAGAUAAUAUUAAAAUUAAGUUACAACAUUUUAUAAAUGAAUACAUAUAUUGUGGAAAAGAAAAAAAGAUUAAUGAAAUUUUAAAUUCAAAAAAUAAGAAACAAUUACUAAAAAAAUAUGUAUACGAAUUAAAAAAAAAUAAUUUUGAAAUUUUAGAAAAUUUAUACUUCUUUUUUAGUAUUGAUAAUAAUUACAAUGAUUAUGCAUUAAAUAAAAUAUUUCAUAGCUUGCUCUUAGUUUUUGAUAAAAAUGAAGAAAAAAACAUUUUGAUUGCUUUAUAUUUCUUUUUAAUUUUAUUAAAUGAUAAAAAUAUUAACAAAUACUUUACUUAUAUAAUUGAUUGUCUACAUAAUAUUUUAAAUGCUGAUCAGUCUAUUCUACAAAUUGAUGAAAUAGAUGAAAAUCUUCGUUUAUUUGAUCAUAAACCUAUGAUUCUAAAAAACUAUUUUGUAAAUGAAAAUGGAAGAUAUUUUAUAUUUUUAUAUUUUUAUUUCCUUAUAUUUAUUAUCUCUAAAUAUCAAUUCAUGAAUUACUGUGAUAAAAUAAUUCGUAUUUGUUUGAUUGGAUUGUUUGAUAGUUGUAAUUCCAUUAAUUUGAUAAUGAUGAAUUUAAUUGAAGAAUUAUUAGAAACUUUUGAUGAUGCUUUUAUAAGAUAUUACUAUAUAAUUAGUACUUGCUUAUUAAAAUGCUUAUGUAAUAAAUAUAGUAAAAUAAAAAUAAAAUGUUUAGAUAUAUUAAUUAAGUUAAUUAAGAAUAAUAAGAAUUCAAAAAAUUAUAAAAUUAUAGAAAUGCUUAUUGGCUAUAAAGAUCCUAACAUUGUUCCGAUAAAAAGUUUUUAUGAUAGUAAUUACGUGAAUAUAAAUUAUUUAUGUAUUCUAUUUAAUGAUAAAAAUGUAAAAGUUAGAUUUCACUUUUAUUCUUUUUUAUUUAUAAUAUUAUAUGAAUUUGUUGAUUCCAAUGAUUUUAUAGCUUUUUUAUUGCCAUAUUUAUUUUCUGGAUGUUUUGACAAUUACAAAAUAUUUAGAUUAUUAUGUUUCUUAUUUCUUCAACUAUUGUCAAAAAAAAAACAAUCAGAUUUAAAUAAUGAUAUAAAAGAAGAAAUUAUUUAUGAACUCUAUCCUGAAUGGUCAUAUAAAACUUCUUUUACUUUGCCUUUGCCUCUAACAAAGUAUUAUUUUACUUAUUAUAAUAACAAUUUUUUAGUUAAAGAAAAUAUGUAUAAAAUAGAUAUUGUUUUUGAAAAUAAGAAAAAAGGAAAUGAAAAUAUAGAAAUAAAUGAAAAUAAAGAAAAAAUCAUUGAAAAUGAGAUAAAUAAAGAAGACGAUAAGAAUGAAGACAAAAAAGAAAAAUGCAGUUUUAAGGAAAUAUAUUAUGAUAGUCAUAAAAAAGAUGAAGAGUAUAGUAAUAAAUAUUAUGAAGAUUUGCUACAUAAUUUGAUAAUUAGCAACGAUAGCAUUUCUAGAAUAUUAAGAGAAAAUAAAAUAAAACAAAUUGAUAUAACAUAUAAUGAAUGCAAUAAAGAAUGUAAAAAAUUGUCCUCUACACUUUUAAAUAUCUACUUUAAGAAUUUAUAUAAAAAAAAAGAUGAAACCACUAUAUAUGAAAAUUUUGAGUCUAGUAAAAUAAUUUUGUUAAUAUUUUAUUUUAUAGAAGAAAACAUAACUGAACAUAUUCCUCCAUUUAUUUCAUAUCUAAUUCAUUCAUUUGAAAAAAAAAUAGAUGAAGAACUGUUGUGUAUUUAUAUAAAUUGUUUAUACUUAAUAGGUUCAUAUGUCAACCCUUCUAAUUAUUAUUUCUUUCUUGAAAAUUAUUUGAAAAAUAAAAAAGAAAAAAAUAUUACAUUAACUUGUUUAUUUAUGGCAAAUACUAUAUUUACAGGAACUAUAGAAACAUAUAAAGAUAUUAAACAAAAAAAAUCAAUUGAAAAUAAAAUACAUGAUAACUUUAUUUACAUUAUAAAAAAAAUUAUUAGUCUAUUUUUUUUUAUUUUAAAUGAUGAAGAAUAUUUAGAAAAAUAUAUUCUCAUAUUACAAAUAAUUUAUACUAUAAUUAGCAAUGAAUGCGUAUAUCUAAGGCUAGAUGAAAUUAAUAUAAUCUAUUUAAUAAUACUGUUAUUUAUUAUUUUUAAGAAAACAAAUAAUAUCAGAGAGAUAAUGACAAAACAGAAAGAUACGAUAUGUAUAGACAAAAAUUGUUAUAUUUCACUGGACAUUUUUGAUGUUCAUUUUUACAUAAACAGAAUAAAGAAAUUGAAAUAUUUCGAAAGUCUGGGUUUUAAUAAGGAAAAAAUAAAUAUUAAGAUAAGUUCAAACAUAAUAUAUGAAAUAUUUAAGCUUUCUGAUGAUAAUAUCAACCAUCAAAAAUUAAUCUUAGAACUGUUAUCAGAUGAACUUUUGUAUAACACAAAAUUUGUUUAUUUCUUAAUUCAAUAUAUAAUUAAAAGGCAAACUUUUUUUUAUGAUAAAAAUUUUUGUCUUUUUUUAUCUAAUGUUAUUGUUAAAAUCUUAAAUCUAAAUCAGAGAAAAAAAAAUCUAAUGAAAAUAAUAAUAUAUAAUGAAAGCCUAGAUUUAUAUGAUAUAUAUCAAGAAACAAAAAAGAAAAAUAAAAAUAAAAUAAAACAAGUAUUUUUAGAAUAUGUAUCUAUUAUUUUUUUAUUAUUUAUAUUUAAAAAUAUAAACAUUUAUGAAAAUUUUAGUAAUACUAUUGAAUCUUGUAAAAUAUUACUUCAUAUAUUGAUUCAAAUAAAAAAUCCAUAUUCCUUUUUAUUUUUUAUUAAACAUACCAAUCUUGUUAAUAAAUUAUAUGACAUAAUUGAGUGCAGAGAGAUAAAAAGUAUUUAUUUUUAUAAAUAUAUAAAUAAUGAUAUACAUUUAAAUUACGAAAAAUAUAUCAAUAAUGAUGGGGAUUUUAGGUAUUUAGAUAAUAUAAAUAUAAAGCACAAAAUAAAUAUUAAAAAUAUUAUAAAUGACGAAAUAAAUACUAUAUUUUAUUUAUUAAGUUGCUGUAUUUAUAUAAUAUACUAUAAAUCACUAUGCUGCUUAUCUAUAUUGCUAAAGCAAAACAAAGAAAACAAGGAAGAACUAAAAAUAAAUGAAAUUUUUACUAAGUUUUUUGAAAAUGCAGAAAAAAGACUUUUAAAUGUAUUAAAAAUUAAUGAAAAGAAUAAUUACUAUUUUUCAAAUUCAUAUAAAUUAACAAUUAAGGAUAUAUUAAAGAAUAAAGAUUUCUCAGAAUUGUUUUUGAUUAGAAACAAAAUAUUAAAUUCCACUGAUUAUAAUAAUCUCAUUUUAAAUAUUCACAUUUAUUUUAGAUAUUCAAAUAAUUUUUUACAAAGCGUCAAUAUAUUUCUUUUAAAUCCAAUUAUACUUAAUUAUUUUUAUGAGGUAAACAAAGAAAAAUACUUGAUAUAUUCCAGCCGUGAUGCCUCUAUAAAAAAUGAUUCAGAAUCAUAUGAAAAUAAUAAGGAAAGUAAAGAUGAAGAUGAGAAAGAAAAUAAUAAUUUAGAAGAAAAGAUAGAGUCUUUUUUUAAUACAGAUAAGUUUGAUGAUGAUAUAUGUACUAAAUAUGAUCAUACCCAUUUAUUAAGCUACUUUAAAAAUCAUGACAUGGUUUUAUUUAUACUAAAACAUGACAUAUAUCAUAUUCCAUUUCGAUUAUUGGAAAAAGAUACAAUUGUUAUUUUAUUAUACUGUUGCUUAUUAUUUUUUAUUGAUAAUUUUUUCAUCUUUGAAAUACAAGAAAUUGACAAUUGCACUCUAUCAAAAUUAAAUAUAGGAAUAUCUGAUAGUUUUUUUUUAAAUAGAGGGAAAUAUAAUGCAGAUCAAUUAACUGCACUAUUUAAUUUUCUUAUUUUGCUAUAUUUAGAAAAUGAAGACAUUUUAAGAAGUUCUUUAAUAAAGAAGCAAAAUUAUAAUAACUUAAAACUAAUUAAUGAUUUUGAUAAUAAUAUAUUUUUAAAAAUUUUUAAUAACCUUAUCAUUAAUUUUGAAAAUAAAAAUAUGAAUAAAGAAUCCUUCUCUGAAUGUUUAAAUUUUUUUCUAUAUAUUUUAAGUAUUAAUUAUAAAGGUGCCUUAUUGGAUUUAAAAGAUGUAUAUACUAGAACAAAACAUGUUAAGAGAAUGGAAAUUUGCAAUCAUAUAAUUAAUACUUUUUUAUAA